CCGCAAAGAUGUCUCGUCUUCACCCGUUGCUCGUCUUUUGCGGGAUCGUCGCACUGUCCCAAGCUUGUAGACAACCGGAAGCUACUGACUGUCCUCCAGGAUGGACUCAGUUGGACCAAAAUUGUUACCUCUACCAAUGCGAGCCCAGGUCCUUCUUAGAUGCCGAGAGCGUCUGCAACAUCCUCGGCGGGAAUUUGGUCUCCAUCGGCAGCGCCAAGGAAAACGCCGUCGUUAUUGAGCUGAUUCGAGAGGGGGCUGGUACUAUGGUCGACACCUGGAUUGGACUCCAUGAUGCCAUUCUGGAAGAUGACUUUGUAUGGACUGAUGGCAAAAUAGUUGAUUUCAGAAAUUUUGGCCCUAACCAACCCGACAACAAUGCAGGAAAUGAAGACUGUGUAGAGAUUGAGGCAACUGCGGACACGUUGUGGAAUGAUGACACCUGCACGGAAGAAAACACGUUUGUCUGCAUCAAGCCUGUGCUGAAAAAUUGCUGCCAUUAACCAGCCAUCUUCUUUAAUCAUAUACUUUCUGAAUCAAGCUAACUACGACAUCAUAUCUGUGGUAUCCUUCAUGUUCACUUUUUAACGAUUGCCAUCACGUAAUCUUAUUUGAACGGCUAACUUCGCUUUUCAAUGAAUAAAAAGAAAUAAAUUGCUGUGCUUAAAAA